AAACGACUAUGAAUUUGGACCUUUGAAACAUGGAAAGUUUAAACAUGGAGUGCGAAGACGAAAGGGACGUCCGCACAAUGGAGGACGUGCGCCAGUGUUUGGAACUGGCUGCUAUCAAGGAGACCGAUUUAAAUAUCGUCACGCAAAGCUUGUACUCAGCGGCGCAGAUGCCUGACAGCUUGAUGUUGCUGGAGGUGAACGAGCACAUAUUGAAAGAGCUGAACGAAGGAGACGCAGUGUCGUUUCGCGGUACCAAACAAGACGAAGCUAUAUUGUGCACGAGCAAUCGCACGUACGAGGUCAAGGAAGCGGAGAUAUCGAAUUCUUGGCUGCUUGUGCCAAACUUGAAACUAAGUCAAUCAACGAGCAAACAGAAAGCAAAUGAGAGAAUUGUGGAUAAUAAAACCAUCACGAAGAUAUUUAACUCGUAUUACGAGGUGAGAGAAACCAAACCUAAUCUGGCAAAUCUGCCAGCUCUCCUGAAUUCGUCCGCUUUCAACGGAUUGGAGUACGAAUCCACAGUAGACCCUACGACACUGUACAAUUGGGAAAGAUUGCAAAGCGAGCUGCAGACCAGCGAUCACGAAUUGAAACAGGCUCUGACGAAUUUCUUAAUAGCCGACAUAAAUGGCUACUUGCGUCUGAUAUCAUUCGAAGUGGAAGCACGAAGUCUGAAUCUGAUGCUGGAUUAUUUCGGAGAACAAUCUUGGGAGAUCGACGAGGUGGACAAAGAAGAAACGUACGAAUGUCUAAGGGAGCUGAUUUACGAACCGGUGUUCGAUGUUAUAUUUGAAACAUACACAGAAAGAAGCGCAAAAACAAAGACUGACGGUAGAUCCUUGUACAAAUACGACGAAAGAAAAUGCUGCACGAUGAUAGCAAAAAUUCUUCUCGCCGCUUCGCCCCGCACCGACUACAGAGAAUUCAUGGAAUCGUGGAAGAUCGGGUGUCCCGAAAAGAUGGAGCCGAGAGAGGAAUAUUUGUGCGGAUUGGCUCUCGUGAUAUACAACAGUUCGAGGAUGCGGAAAGAGAUCGUGUCGUGUCCGGAAGACGACUUGCCCAACAACAUUCACGACAGGCUCAACGAAUUGUUCCGAUACAAGGACAAGUGGACCGUCGAGGAGAUAACGCCUUAUAUUGUUCGUUUCACGAAAGGCAAUGUCACUGUUAACGCGCUUCUGACCAAGUACGCCAGAAGUUCGACCAAAAACGGGGUGAAGUAUUACGGUGCGAAACACGGCAAGUGACAGGUGAUUUAACAUACAUUCGAAUUUUUUUCAUCUUUCGUUACAGAGCGAUUUCGAAGGUGUUUGUUAAUAUUGAGAAAUAUCAUUUGCGCAGUUUAUUUUGCAUGUGAUCGUGAUACAUACAGUUACAUUUACACAAGUUUAUAAAUAUUUUUUUUUUAAGAGAAAAUGAGAAGUUACAUAUGAUUUAUUAUUAUUUUUCUUUUUUUUUUAUCGUCUUUUUACCUCUUUGCCUCGCUGAUGUAACGGUGACACAUUUAUUAUCGUCUCGCUCAUUCACCCACACGAAAAAGACUUAAAUGUUAGAGAAUAUACUCGUCGACUUUAUUAGCCACAAAUAGCUUUCACGUCGAUGACUAUAUGAGAAUCGCAGUAAAAGCAUUUUGCUAUUACCGAAAUCAAAUUUGUCAUUUAAUAUCUGACGUUAUAUAUAUAUAUAUAUAUUUAUAUUUAUAUAAAUAUAACAUUUGUCAACAGUAUAUAAUUGAGUAAAUAAUUUAGAUUUUUUUUUGUUUUUUUUUUUUUAUUUAAUCUACAUAUGUCGAAUAUAACGUCGCCGUGAAUCGUACGUGUAUGAGAGAGAAAUAAUGAAAUUAAAUACUUGUACACAUGUCGACACGAUGACAGAGAGAACAAUACAAUUCGUUUAUGAACGUGACAUCAAGAAAUCUGGAUAAAGGUACAAAAAUUCUAUUAUAAAAUAUUUUUGCAAAAAUGAUGGAACGAGAUAAAUAAGAUUUUGUAUUGAACGGUGAAAGGGUUCUUAUCAAUUCUUCUCGUAACACACGCUACACUUCUUUUUUUUUAUCAAAUAAAUAGUUACGAUUGUAUAUGUAUUACGUUACGCUAUUGUAAAUGUUCUAAAAUUAUUUUCGCUAGUGCAUUUUAAAUUCGAUUCGCAGCAAAAGUGAUAAAAAAAAAAAAAAAAA